UGUAUGAAAUAAUAAAUAUGAAUCUCUCUUCUCAUGUUUUGUAUAUCUUAUCCUAAAAUCUAAGUUCAGCAGUGGCCGGCAACACCCACCUACCCUCUCCCCGGCACUGAAAAACCAUGGCGGAGACACCCAUCCGAUUGGGAAUAUUGGGUUACGGCGAGAUAUCGCGAAGGCUAUCCAAGUUGUCCAAGGCCAUUGCUCUUGUUCCCAACGCCACCCUCGUUGCCAUCGGCAGCCGCCGGAUCCACAAGGCAACAGGGAUCAUGUCGGCUGAUGGAUUCCCGUCGUGGGUGAAGAUGUACGAGAGCUACGAGGCGGUGCUGGACGACCCGGACGUGGAUGCGGUGUAUGUCCCUCUUCCGGCCAAGUUGCAGCCGAAAUGGGCGGUGGCGGCCGCGGAGAAGAAGAAGCACGUGCUUCUGGAGAAGCCGGUGGCGCCGGAUGUGGUGGAACUGGACCGAGUGUUGGCGGCGUGCGAGGCUAGUGGGGUGCAGUUCAUGGACGGUACGUUGUGGAUGCAUCACCCUCGGACACCUGAGAUGAAGGAGUUCAUCUCCGACAGGCAGCGUUUCGGCCAACUCAAAUCGAUACACUGCUGCUUCACAUAUUAUGCUAAUCCUGAGUUUCUGGAGAAUGAUUUUCGCCUGAAACCCGAUCUUGAUGGUCUUGGUGCUCUUGGUGAUUGUGGGUGGUACUGCAUUAGGGCAAUCCUCUGGGCUGCUGACCACCAACUGCCUAACUCGGUCACAGCUCUGCCUGGGUCCCUCUUCAACAACGCCGGAGUAAUUUUAUCCUGCGGAGCUUCUCUAGACUGGGCCGAUGGCAAAGUAGCAACCUUCCAUUGCUCGGUCCUAUCUAAUCUGACCAUGGAGAUAACUGCUACGGGAACCAAGGGAACUUUGCAGCUUCAUGACUUUGUUAUUCCUUUUAAACACGACACUGCAUCCUAUUCUACUGCUUCGGAGUCUUGCUUGGAGGAGCUUUCGACAGGAUGGAGAGCAAGGCCGAGUGAGCACUCUGUCGCAAACGAUCUUCCGCAGGAGGCCCUGAUGAUGCGUGAAUUUGUUGGUUUGGUUGCGGGUAUUAAGCGAGAUGGUAAGGAACCUGAUAACAAGUGGCCAGCUAUGACUAGGAAGACACAACUAGUACUAGAUGCUGUCAAGGCCUCCAUAGAGAGAGGUUGCGAGGCUGUUGAAGUGGGUUCAUAAGUUGAUCAAACAAAUCAUGCUUCUGCUUGCUUUCAUAUUAAUCAUCAAACUGGUUUCAACUCAUUGUGUUCUGCUCAAUAAAACAAACCUAUUUCUACGUUAUUGGAACA